AACUCUAAUCUUCAUCACAUAUCUGUUGUAAGUGUCUAAAAAAUCUUACCAAAAACUAAAACUAAACCGUUGUUUUUUGUUGUUUUGUUACAGCCCACGGGACGAGCGACUGCCUAUGCUGGGGAUGUACGGGCCCCCACACGGACUGGAGCCCAGGCUACCACCGCCGACCUCGGAGGCUGAGAAUCUGGACGAGAGUUACGACAGCAGCGAUGAGUACCACAGCGGCGAGAGCGCCAAGAUGAGGCAAGCAGCCCCACCUGGGAACCCCUUCACCGCCGACAACGGGGACACGCCCUACGCAGACUUUGAGUCGUUCGUGGUCAAGUUCAACACUGUAGUGCGGGCUCUCGUGGACACGGCCAAGUCGAUGGAGAGGAGGAUAGGGGACGAGAAAAAUGAAUUAUCGGACCAACUCGCAAAGGAGAAAGAAAGAAGACAAGAGCUGGAAAAAGAGAUGCAUGAGGAAAAGAAGAAGAGAGAAGUGACACCCCCCAUCACAGAGCGCUCCUCCUCCUCCUCCGCCUCCGCCCGGAGAGACGCCAUCUACGACACCUUCGCCAGCGCCACCCACCACACGCCCACGUCGAGCGCCAUCAAGUUCCCCUUCCACUCCAUGGUCUCCACACCCCCAGACGCCUGA